ACAAAAAAUUACCGCAAAAUAUGAAUCAAAUCUUCCGUAAUUUGCUGAGGCCCUUAGCGCAUCGCUCUGUGACAUCUCAUCAGCGGAUCUUCUGCAUCCUCAAUUCGCACGACAAUCCUUCCGACGCCUGGAAAUCCCUACUUGUGACUCCGCCGACCAACAACACUGCCGAAUUCUGGUCAAAUGUGAAACAAACCAUCCUCGCCACAAAUCGCAAUGCGAAAAAAGCAAAUGUCGAUGGCAUCAUCUUGAAUCACUUGUGUGCCAACAAAAACAUCGAAACCGCCAAACUUUUCGUGGAAUCAAUGCAGAAAAAUGGCGAAAAACUAAAUCCGCUCAUCAAGGGAAUUAUGUUGAAAUUGUACUAUCAUGCGACGCACCACAAGGAUUAUGUCCUAACUGAAGACGAUAAAAGUCGAAUUAUCGAAAUUUAUCGCGAACUCAAACAGAAUUACGACACUUUUGACAGCACGACUUGUGAAAAUCUCAUUCUUGGGCUUUCGCUGACGUCGGCAUGGAAAGAGGGAAUUCAAUUGUUGGAAGAUGCGAAAUUAACGGCGAUUCCCGGGCGUUUCACGUACACCGCUUUGAUCACAUCUGCCUUGAAAAAUGAAGAGCCUUCGACAUUUUUUAGGCUCUUGGAUGAAAUGAUUGGACACGAGCAGCAACCGACAUCGCAAAUUUACAAUACUUGGAUUGAUUGGUGCAAAAAUAUGGCGGAUUUUGAGAAGAUUUUUAGGUUUUUGGAAGACAUGGGACUUCAUAUGCCUCUCGAUUCCGCGGAAAAGUUGAUCAAAAAAAUGUCAAGUAUGAAAAUUACGGCACAAAAAGUUAGAGUAACGAAAUACGGCAAUUGCAGUGGCUGCAAAAAAAGCUUAGACACAACUGCUUUAACAAUUGACGAAUUCAACAAUGUCCGAGAUGCCUUUCUGAGCAAAGUAAUUGUCAAAAACAACAUUUUCCUCAAUACAAAUCCAGAAGAGUUGCAGGCAUUCAAAAAUUUUCUCGAAGAAAACGGUCCGUAUGAUUGUGUUGUCGACGGACUGAACGUCGCUUACUCCAAAGGCAACAAAGGAGCAGUUGCUCAAGCGAAUUUGUUAUUACAAGUCGUGACAGAAUUGACAAAAAUUCACAAAAAUAUUCUCGUACUCGGAAAAAAGCACAUGAUAAAAUGGCCAGCGCAGCAAAUGAAACGAUUACGAAUGAUAGCAGACACAUUUUUCACCGCUGAUAUUUCGCAAGAUGAUCCAUUUUUGUUGUACGCCACGCUAAAAAGUGGGCCCGAAGCGAGAUUUUGUUCGAGAGACUUGAUGCGACAACAUGCCUUCUUGCUGGGACCUGAACUGAGGAUUUGUUUCUUCAAGUGGCGGGAUCAGAGGCAAUAUAAGCUGAAAUCGAGCUUUAAAGUUUUAUUUGAUAAACCUUGUUUAUAUAAAGGAACUGCACAUAAAAUAGACAAUGUUUGGCACAUUCCCUUCGUGGAGGAUGAAAGGACUUGGCUAAAUGAAUAUGUGCCCACUGAUGAAAAGCAAUGGAUGUGUAUUCAGUUAAAGAAUAGUAAUAAAAAAAUAAUUUAAAAUUGAAAAAUUUAAAGGUUAAAAAUUUAGUAAAAUUAAAAUUUUUUUGAUUUUUUUUUAAAUUGUUCCAUAAAACGGUAAGAAUUUAAAACGGUAAA